CAACUACUCGCGGCGUUGUUAAACGUUCAAAUAAAUCUGCUCUAUUUGUAUCUUUAUAUCAGUUGAAAAUAGCCGUUUUUAUUUGCAAAUCGUCCUGGAUUUUAACGUUCCCUUGCUCUCUCUAAUAAAGUGAAGGUAUUAUUAUCUAUUGAUUUGUUUUAAAAUGUCUCGUAGUGUGUUUAUACUGUAUGACAAUACAAUUAAUAUUUUUUCGCAUCGUCGAUCACAGACGAUCAGAGUCGACUCAGAGUAAACCACAAAUUUACUGUAUAUCCAUACCAAUCAGCCAUGGUUAAGGCAAUUGUUUUACUGAUAUUUAGAUAUGUAGUUAAUAACUGAUUUUAAUAGUAGAUUCUGCUUUUAUGCACCCUGUCUUGAUGUAGUUUGUUCCGAUCAGUUUGAUGUACCCCUAUAAAACAAAUCAAGUGUCUCUUGAAAGUGAUAUCUGGCUGCUUGCAGAUUCACAGAAUAUUUUUAUUUUUAGUUUUUAAUCCCAUUCUACGAAUGACAUGUAUGGAUCCAGAAUAUGAAAAACGUUUGUUACUACGACAACAUGGUACAAGUCCACUGUCCUCACCCACAUCUCCAGUAAGUUCAUUAAAUAUGGGCUGGCAGGGCUGUUAUGAAGACAAAUGGAAACUAAAGCUUGUAUUACUAGCUGCCAUACUCCCUGGUAGAGAUUGACUGAUUGUGCAACAAUUGGAAAUUACCGAUUAUUCAUGCCACAAUCUGCCAUGCUUGCAGAUGCUUAUACCGAUUUUAAAAUGACAUAAUAUCAGUCGACCUAGUAAAGGUGACAUUCAUGUUGAUUUUUUAAUGAUAAUUUCCAAUGUAACAUGUUAGUGCAACCAAAGAUUGUUAAAACCAUCAAUAAAUAGCAUUGAAAUGCAACAGGUAUCAACAUAUCAUUUUUCAGGUGCACAUUUUCUCAACAAUCACUUUUAGACAAUCAGAAAUAUAGAUAAUUCUACCAUGCAAUUCCAGUUGCCUACCGAUAAGGCUAAAAUUGGCUUGAUGCUGAUACCAAUUAUCAGUUAAUCACUACUCCCUGGACCAGUCAAUGUAUUUUUGUCCUGGCUAGUUAUUUUUUAUGCCUUUCUUGGGUUAAAAGGAAAGCCUGCAUGCAAGUCAUAUACAGCUUUGAAUAUCUGCAUCCUAAAUCAUGAUGCAAAAUUCUUGUUGGUCCGUUAUAUUUAUAGAAAUAACACAUCAUUCCUAUAAUACUGAAAUUGCAUGCAACAUGCUAAUAGAUAACCAGUCACUCUUAUCACCAAAAAAUCUCACCCAGUCUUGCAGGUGAUCAUCUUGUUCACAAUAUAUAUUGCAAGGCAUUGUAAACAUUUAUACAAAAUCAAAAUCCAUGGUUCAAUGUAGAAUGCAUUCAUUCGAACUUAUCUUUGAUCUUGGUCAUGUGAGUUGUUCCAUGUGCGAACAUAGCAGCUUCAUGAAUCAUGAUUUUAAUUGCCAACAAGACAUUUCCUUACCAUAUUACCGAUUUUUCGGUUACUGUAUUGGAAAUGAAAGCCGGUUUUAUAAUUAAAAAGAAAACCAAACAAAAUCGAAAAAUGGUUAACCGCCCAAGCCUAGGUGGAACAUUCAUUCUUGAAGCACACUUUAACAAGUGAUCUUGUGCAUUGAAUUUCUAUAAUUCCAACUUGUGCAUUGAAUUUCUUUGAUUAAAUCAGUGUUUUAAGCUAUUGUGCAGGCACUUAUAAUAAGAGUUUUUGUAACUUGUAAUUUUAAUUGAAGGCGUGUUCACCUUAUCGAUCACCACGAAAAGAAGUUUACAGUGACAGGUGAAUCAUUAUACUUUAUCAUUAUCAAUAUACAGUAGCUAUACACAUACUGUUUAAAGCACUAGCAGAUAGAGUGGAUCGAUAUCGCAAAAUACUGAUAUACCACCAUCAGAAUACCGGCAUUUUUAACUAGCAGAUUUUGCAAUUUUUUCCACUAGCAGUUAGUCCACAUAAAAUAUAUUCCUUGAUUCUCAUCACUACACUUUGACAAUGUCGAAGAGGCAGGAGGUUUAUGUCCUGAGUGUUUAAUAAAUGAGCAGUCCUGAGUGCAUGUUUUAUUAGUUUAGACCUAAUAAAACAUGACCUGCGAGUUAAUUAAACAUAAUUAUAAUAUUAUAUGUAGGCCAACUCCAAAAAUCAUGACUAUGGAGGCAGUGGAGUUAUGAACCUUGAUUACCUCAAUUAUUUAUAUCAAUAAAAUAUGCAGCCAUACUGUAUUACCAUACUCUAUGAUAUCCUACAGUAGACAAGAUCCAAUCAGGAUCAUAAUUUCUUGACAUCAGAAUUCUAUUUAGGAUCCUGAGAAGAUCCUAACAAAGGGCAAUUGUAAUUAAGAUCUAUGGGUUCUUAUUGAAAAAUGAUGUUGAAGGUCCUGCUCAUUAACUUCAAAAUAAGGUCCUAGAUUUUUUCCUAGGAUUAUGAAAAAUCAAGGAAAAUUAGUGACUCCCAUAAUAAAUGUCAAUUGGCAAAUGCAAACAGUAAUUAUGUAUUACAUUGUACAUUGUGUUAUGUCUGUCUAGAUUCAUCCCAAGUCGAGCUGGCUCAAACUGGGAAGUAGGAUUUAAUUUACUACAGGUAAACUUUACAUUCAUAGUCAUUUUUUGCCAUGUUUUUCGCAGCCCAUAUGGUAUUAGAAAAGCUGUUUGGUAUAACGAUAUACAGUACUGAAACUACUUGUUUUAAACCGAAGUGUUUCAAUUUUAAUUAACAAAAAACCGAAAAUCUCAAUAUACCAAAUUGUUUUGAAAUUUUCAAUAUGCCGAUGUCAUCAGCUACACCUGAUAAUUGUAUUACAAGUCGUUCCUAAUGGCCUGGAAGCCUGACGAUUUCAUAAACCAAGAGCAAAUGUAUGCCCUUUCAUCUUGAUUCAUAAGAACAAGGCUACCAAGCCAAGGAAGUAUUUGUGACGUAACUAUCGAAAGGGUGUGUUUUGCUGUUAGUAAUCUUUUGAAAUUGUUGCAGGCAGUAUUUUCCAUUUUUCAAAGUUUAAUAUAUUAUUGUAAAUCUCUUUCAAAUUUAAAAAAAAUCCCAUCUAAUUAGCAAACGGAAUUAGAAACUUGGGGUGAGGGCUUCUGUUCUAAACUCUAGGAGGCUCUGGCGCCACUAAAAUUUGAUCAUGUGCUCUGCUAAAAAUGCAUAAUAUUCUACACUUAGUCUAGUUUUAUUAAUAGCCUUACUUAGUGUAGUUGAGGUUCUUGGGUCAUUCCAGAAAACAACAUCCUCGCUAACAGUGGAAACAGGACUUAGUCUUGUCAAUCUCCUUCCCCCUUCAACAAACGUCAUAGUAUAUCAGAAGCAGGGUCUUAGCUAGAGGGCCGUGUUGGCCGUGUUAUCGCGGCCAAAAAUGGAACAACACGGCUAGAUAAAAUAAACGCGGCUUCAUUAUUUAUAUAAGGCCGUGUAGGUUCAUAAAAUAAAGUGUUACUGCUUACAACAGACAGAAUUUCUUCCUAUUUACGUCAUAAGAGAGUUUGUAAAAUCUACUGUAGUUGUUGAAAUUGGCAAAACUGAUCCGUGGUGUUUUAAUGUUUUGAUGGGUAAUGGGAACCUUAUAUGGUUAAAAUGGUUUUAAAUACACCCCCAAGAUUCUGGGCCCAAGAGUUGCUGAAAUAACUUAAUAUUUUAAUGUCAAUGCGCAAUAUGAGUGUAUGCUCGCCUUGUAUUUGGUUGCAAAGCAUAGAACAACCACACGCAUUGUCUGUUGUUGGCGAGCAUAACUAGAACCGUGAAUUUGGCUAUUUAAGGUAAUUGACAUGUGCACACCCUGGUCAUUUCGAAACACGCCCAAAAUCUAAAAUCCUAGCUAAGACCCUGAUCAGAAGUAGAUUUUAUCCUACCCCUCGCCAGGUAGCACCAAUUUCCUCUGUUGGGAGAAUAUUGUCGAUCUUUUCUGGAACAACCAUUAAUGUUUCUUAAUUAGACCAUUAAUGUUUGAAUGUGAAUUUAAUUUUAGUCAAUGUUUCAUACUGUAGAUUAAAGUUAGAUUUAUGUUCACCUGAUACAUAUGUAUAACUACAUGUUUUCAAAUAUUUUGUUUACAAUAGGAAAAUAUUGAUAGCAACAAGAGUAGUCCUGUGGCAAGGUUUGUCAUCGGAUGUAUUAAUAUGUAUAUAUUGUAUAUGCAAUGAACAUUUUUCAUAACUAAGGAUGACGUGGGCUCUGGCAACACGAAAUGGCAGGAUCAUUGUUUUAUAAAAUUUUGCUACCCAUACUAUAUUUUGACAAAGUCCAUGUAAACAUGCCCCAAGUCUGCUUUUUGUAUAUUUAUUACAAAUUUAUUAAAUGAGCUGUUUAAUUUGGGAGUUAUAAACUUACGGUGUAAUAAAAGGUUUACUGCAGGCAUGGGUGCUUGGUAGGAGGAGGAAGAUUGGGGUCGUUUUCGUCUUGGGGCGAAAAUUAACGGUUUACGAGGACGGAUCAAAACGUCUGUCGUUUGUCCGCUAUUUCUUAUUGCAAAAAUUACAGUCACAUUCCUUCAACGUAGCUUCCUUCGACUUCUAUAUCGUUGCAUUCUCAUUCUCCAUUUCUGAAAGCAUUGGUGGUAUUCUGAAGCAGGCAUGUCCCUCAUCGCUACAUGGACGGCUUUAGCAAGGUCUUAUAGAUUUUAUUUUUGGAAAGAACCAGAAAUUGCAAGCAGCCAGGUCUGGUGAGUAUGGUGGAUGUUCUAUCAAAUGGAUACCAUUCUGAUCAAGAUAAGUCUGUGUAAGGCGUACUUUGUGUGGAGAUGCAUUGUCAUGAUGCCAUUAAAUUCGAGAACGUGUGCGCGUCCAUGCUGUUGCUUGGAUAUGCUGCAGAACUUUGGGAAAAACUGACGUAUAAUAUGCAGCAUGAGUGAUUGUGGUUUUGUCAGGCAUUAUAUCGACAACAACAGGCCCUGACAAUUGAAGAAAAUGGUGAACAUUCUCUUUCUUGAGCGUCCGGAAACCUAUUUUCAGGACGUCUGCAUGGGCGUGGCUCAUUUUCAACACUCUUUCUUACAAUCGGCAAAAUGCUGAAUCUAUCUGACAAUUGUGCGUAAAGAAGGUGCAUACAUGGUCACAAUAAGCCUUCACAAGCUCUUCAUGGAUUAUAGGUCUUGCUCGAAUACCAAGUUUAUAUCGCGAGUGUAAAUGUAGAAUCGCAUGUGCUCCUUUGUAGGCUCCAUAUCACGACCAAGUAAGCAUAUGAAUAAAACGAUCUGCCAAAUUCUAUAGAGCUAUUAUAUAAGCACCACAUUUGCGUAACAACAUGUGAUAAAAAUGGCGGCUACACAUUAACAUAACAAAAAAGAGAAGGAUAAUUGCUUUGGGAAUGCAUGGCAGCCUCUGGUGACAGAACUUUUUGAUCCGCGCCUCGUACAGGGUUUCCAAUAGAGUUUAUAUUGCUCCUUUACUACUUCCAAAUAGAAGCAGAUUUUCUCGAAUAUUUUUUAAAAGCAGGUAGCGUGAGGCGGUUUCUACAAAAAACCGAAAACCUACCAAAAAAAAUCGAGUGAACCGGUUUUUUUAAAAAAUAUGUUCGAAAAUCGAAACUACGGUAAAAGAGACACAACACGCUACUCAGUACUCACACAAGAUAUUAAACGUAAGGUAUUUUGAAGACGUUAUCAAAUUUCAAACUUUAGUUUUUCGUGUGUAAAUGCCAAAACCUGAUUCAUUUGCAACAAACUCGUAUAAGUAUGGUUCGAUUUUAGUAAAAUACCGAUUUUUCUUCGUUUUUUUUUCGUUUCCCCCCGUUUUUUUCUGUUUUUCUCCAAAAGUAACAUCGAGUAUUUAUGUUUUCAAAAAACAUCGGGGUUUUUCGGUUUACCUCAAAAACCGCCUCACCCUAAAAGCAAGUCUUGCAAGCAUUCUACCUUGUAAUCACAUUAAAGCAGUUAUGCAUGUGUUUUUCAUUAUAACCCUAGACCAAAACGUGGAAUAUUUUUUCGACUUUUGAAUGGGCACGUCAGUGAACUAAUUAUGCUGGAAAAAAUACUAUAAGCUACUUGCGGCAUAGCUUGGAUAUUGAUUAUUAUAAUAUCUACUAUAUCCAACUAUCUAGAUUCUCUGGGUGGCAUUCUAUAGAUAUACAGUAAGCGUGCUGGAUCGUCAAAUUUUAGACCAUGAAUGGGAUUUUUAGGGAGAACCUAAGGAAUCUUAGCGAACUGGAAGGUAAUUUUAUGUUUUAAUUUACUAAUAAUUCACUUUAAAUUUACCGUUUUUAGGGAAACAAGCCCUGAUUCUAAAGGUAAAAUGAUUAUUAAUAAUAAUAGUAUCAAAAUCAAUUUUGUUCUCGCGUAUUAUAAUGAAUGCAUUGUGGAGCUUAUCCGACUUUGGCCGUUGGAAUGCGAGGCAAACAGAUACACUACAUAUACGUAGCUUGCACCCAGUCAUUCUGAGUCGACUAUAUGGUUGGUUGAAUCUGUGCCAAAUUUUAUGAGGUUACUUGUAUUUCAUAGGUUUCUCAAAAUUAUUCUGUUGGGGUUUGACAGGGCCACAGGUUCGAUUCCUGUCGGGUUGCAACUGUAUAAAUGUAGUUGUAGUUUUCGCAGCUGCUUCUGGUUAUGUCUAAAAAUGUAAAAAUGUGAAUUUGCGUUCGAAUAAUCCAUCUACAGUAUACAAAACCCCCAUCUACAGUAUUAUAUUAUUUUUAUCAAACGAGAUGUCUCAAAAUCUCGAUUGUGCAAACCUCCAAUUCAAAUACUGCAUAAUAUAUGUAUUAAUUUAAUUUAUGAGGAUUGAAAAAAGAAACCAACAACUUUUAGCUUUCCUGUGAUGCGAACUAAUGUUGUUAAUAAUUAUACAAUGACCUUGCAGUCAAUGUGGGACUCUUACUGACGAUCACUCUGAACAACGAACAGCUCCAUCAUACAAUGCAUGCAUGGGUCUUCUUAUAUACAUUCCUUAUAAUGCAAGCCUCGGAGCAAUGGAUAUUUCCGAAAAAGGGGCAUCAAUAUGAUUACAAACUGACCACAGUAUUCUUUGUUUGCACGUCGCGUCACUGUAUGCGUGUCAUUAAGCACCAUCUUAUCUUGGUUGUUUUUUAAAGUUUACUUCAGCCAUUGCAGUGAGUUUGUUGAGUUCAUGUAUUUUCCGGUUCCUUUUAAACAGCUUACCGUACUAUCGAUAUAGUGUUGCAUGUUAUUUCACUAAAUAGAUUUAAUUAACCAAUGCAUGCAAUCAAAACAGCUCGUAUAAUAUCAGUGUAUAAAGAGCAAAUUACAAACUCUGAACAUGAAAACUUUAUGGCAGUGCCGCGCUAGAGAUUUAUACUAGUAAAAAUCUAAAAAUAGACUUUGAAAUGUGGCAAAUAUGCUUGGUAUAUUACACAUUUGUCGUCUGAGUGGGUCUGACUACUUAUUAACUAAACUGUUGUCAACUGUCACCAAAUCUCCAUCCCUUCGGAACAACGGAAGGCAAACUUUGUCCAAGGUUUCCGCUUGGAGUACUCUACAGUAUAAUAAUUAAAUUUAUUUAAUUUAUUCCCAGAGUGUCAUGCUUACAACUGUUUAUUAAAAAACGAGCUUCUUGGUACUGAAAUCGAUGAUUUGAAGGUAUAGCAUAAUUUGUAUACAUUGAUGAAUAUAUAAUAUCAUUUCAAUAUUACCUUCUUCAUAAUGGCGUGAAACACGACAAAAGCAAUGUUUCACGGGACAAUUUUAGAUAAUUCGCAAUGCAAUUGAUCUUACAUGAAAUUUGUUUGGCUCGGCAUAUUGUUGCUAUAUAAUAUGUUCCAUGUCAAAUCGCCUUCCUUUCGCCUUCAAUAUGUUCCAUGUCAAACCGCCUUUGCGUCAUUAUGAGAAAGGUCUAUUAGGUACGAAGGUGUGUCGAACAUACAGUACAAAGAAAUAAUAGAUAUAUAAUGCGUACUGUACUUGUCUACUUGAUCAUUUAUAAAUCCGUCAUUUUGUGGAGACAAAAUUUUUGCUGAGAAAAGGUAGGAUUACGCAUUCUAUAUCUGUUAUUUUUUAUGCGUACAUGCUUGUAUUGCUAGUUGCUGUAGAAGUAUGUAGAUGAACUUGUGUUAUAUGCCUUACUCCAUGCAUUAUCAAAGUAAUUUUCAAAAUUGUUCUUUUCAUGUUGUUUUUGUCAGGAUGCCCAAGGAGCUUGUAUAAACAAUGAAAACCGUGCCACUCCAAAAUCUAACUGUGCCAGAAAUCUGUUCCAGGUAAGAAAGAAAAUGGUCAUGUCAUCGUCACGUGUUCCUGUAAUGCGUUGUCUCGUGGUAUGUUUGGGGCAUUGAGAGGAAAGCAGAAAUUUAAGAAUGGGGGUAGGAGCCGCAUGGUGGUUUGGUUGCCAACACAUUUCCGCAAUGCUGUUGCUGCAAAUGUCAGUCUUCGAAACUCUUUUGGGUUCCAUUUAAUACAAAUAGGUUCAAAUACUGUUCUCUAUAACAGUCUAGCAAGUUCUUUAUGGAACGAAUAAAUUACUGUAGGCAAAUGUAGAAAGAUUCCCAAUAUAGUCUCCUGUCCUAAACUAAAUUGCGCGGUUGCAUCUGUCAAGUGAAUGAAGUUUCUUGCUCAGUUCCCUGGACGUUUGGAAUAUUUCUUACCACAUGCACGUGUUCUCUUGCAGUUCCAGGCGAAAAGGAUGAAGCGAUCUGAAUUUGAUGGAAAAUCCUAUUCGCUUUCGCCCGUUAGCAAAAACAGGUAAUGCGGAAUCUUUAUACUGUAUAUAAUUUAUUUUCACGCCGUUACUUUAAUAUCAUUUCAGAAAUAAGAAUUGAAGACAUGCACAACACAUGGUUCGCUUUAACACACAUAAACUUAUAGAGUCAUUAAUAUACAUGCGUGCAUGCAUGGUUGACAUUUAACAUUUGCCACGUACAUGCGUAUAAUUCUCCCAGCUUGUCAACAAUUAGAUGCGUUCCCACUGCUUGUUUCUAGUUGUCGAAAAGUGAUUAACAAGUUGUGAUCAUCUUGUAAUAAGAUUGAUGAGGCCAACAGACUCGCAUCAAGUUCUUUCAACUUUCAGACUCGCAUCAACUUGCCAUCAAGUUCUUUCGAUAUCGUAAGCACAUAUAAGAAGUUGUUAACAAAUUGAUGACAACAUGCAUGCAAGCUCGUAGCAACUUGUUACGAACAGCUAUAGCGUGUAUGUACAACUUGUUACGAACAGCAAGUCUGUACCGUUAUCAUGCAACCUUGUAACAAGGUGACAACAACUAUAGUGUUCCAGACGUGCAUGUCACAACAACUGGUGAACUGGGAACAAUCAGUGCGAACACAUCUUAAUCUUAACUACAACUUUGUUAUCUGUGACAACUUGCGCGUUUUGACGUGUCCGUGUAUACUGUAGUUCUGGAUGCAUGCUGUGUUAGUGCGCUACAUGCACAUGCUAAAUUAAAUUGAAUAUUUUACUUUAUUUAGUCACAAUCUACUACGAUCACCUAGGAAGGUAACCUUUAUUAACGUAUAUUAUUUUAAAAUGGUUUAAAUUAGGUACCGUUUAUUAUUUAUAUACAUGCAUGUUACCGAAGAAAGCUGAAAAUUAUCUAUAUGCAUGCAUGCAUGCAUGGAGCGACUCUCUCUAUAGCUGAGUCGCUCUACAACGCCGUUGUGCAAGAUGAGAAAUUGCUUAACGGUGGUGGAGUCAAGUGCCUCGUGAUAUUCAGAACUUAGUCUAUAGUUUCAGGCAAACAAAUAGUCACAGAUGUCGAUUCCCACCGUGGUCAAGCACCUUAGUGUUCAGUAUGCAUGUGAAGCAACUCAUAGUACAUCACGGUAUACCUAAAGCAAGGUAUAUGUCAACUUUUAAAUCUUAACGUUCAGUGAUUAUACAAAUAUACAUGCAGUACUCGCAACGUUCCGGGCAGUUUUGCUGCUCGUCUUCCGGCUUUUUACUUUUAAUAAUGUUUACUAAUAAUAAAUCACCAACAAAUUUCUCUUCGGUACCACAGCCUCAUGCACAAUUAAUGAGCGAUCGUUGUUAAAAGAUGAAUGACAAACAUCGAUAGUUAUAGCUAAUACUGCGUGGAUACAUAUAGUAUGGUAACUCAUUUUUCAUUCUUAAUUAUAACUAUACUUUUAUCUUUAAGGCUACACGGAAAAUAUCCAAGGUUCCUUUUAAAGUUUUAGACGCUCCUGAACUACAGG